CGUCUCCACACUGCGUAUUAUGGGAUGUGCGGAAUUAAACUGCCCGAUGAGGCUGCGGAGAAGCCAAAAAUAACAAGGCAGGCCUAAAUAAACGCAGUGCAUGCCGGACCAUGGAGCUGUCGGCUGUCGGUGAGAGUGUUUUCGCAGCCGAAUCCAUCAUUAAACGCCGAAUCAGACGGGGUCGCUGGGAAUAUCUGGUGAAAUGGAAGGGCUGGUCUCAGAAGUACAGCACCUGGGAGCCGGAGGAAAACAUCCUGGAUGCGCGUCUCUUCGCCUCCUUCGAGGAGAGGGAACGAGAAAGGGAGCUGUUUGGGCCCAAAAAGAGGGGCCCCAAACCUGAGACGUUUCUCUUAAAGGCCAAAGCCAAAGAGAAGACGUAUGAGUUCAGGAGAGAGUCUCCCAGAGGGAUCCAAGUGUCCUACCCAAUCCCUGAGCCGGUGGUAACGGCUCGAGCCCGUGAGGGUUUACGCACCGUAGUCCCCACAAUCUACCCUCCCAGCAUCAUCAACCGAGGGGAAAGUGUCCACGUCCGGACAGCAGAGCUGGAUCGGAGGCCCAGGUCUGCCACGCCGGCUUCACCAGUCGUCCACGAAACCUUCUGUUUCCCCAAAAAGAGAGGGCGCAAGCCUAAGCUGCAUGACAAAGAUCAUGGGAUCAUCUCCGAGGAGCCUGAGUCUAAAAGGAGCAGGCUGCUGGGAGAACCGGUUCUGUCUCAAAUGGCCCUGCGGUUGCAUGACUGCGGGGAGACAUCAGACCAGAGCCUGAUCCAGCUGACCAAGAGGUUCCAGGAGGAGACCACGAUUACUCCCAAAUCUAGCAGUGAGCAGAGACAUGAGGGAAGGAGCGGCCUGGCCUACACGUGUGCCUUCAGGGACCAGGGGCUCCACAGGUCGAACUGCCUGAUGGCUGUCAAUCAAGUCAGCAAAUUGCAGCAGAAACCCAAGAACCAGGAGGAUUUUGAGCGAGUUUUGUCCACAGAGCCCAAGUCUGUCCACGACCCAGGAGUCGGCUGGACCCCGUGUUUGGACAUCGUGGACUCUGUGACUGUGACUGAUGUCACCAUGAACUUCCUGACAGUCACCAUCAAAGAGAGCAGCACGGACAAAGGCUUUUUCACGCACAGCAGAUGAGUACACGCACGGUUCAGUGUGACGCUUAUUUUUGCUAAAGGUCACAGAAUGUUUCAUAUCCUGCUGAAAAAAAAAAAAAAU